GCGAGCAAGGAGGCCGCCCUUCGUCGGUUUUUGUGCGAGGAAUCGGGAAGAAGCGAAAGUGAAGCGGGUUCGCCUCGGGAGGCAGGCAGGAAGGAAGGGGCGGGCCUGGUGCGGAACCCGAGAGGCGGUCUCCUUCCCCGCCGCCGCCGCUACUGCUCAUGAGGAGGAGGAAGCGGAGCAGCGCCUGAGGCCGAACAUGUCUGGCAACGGCUUCGACCGCGCGCCCGGGGCGGGGCGGGGCCGAGGCGGAGGCGCCCCGCUGGCUCCGGAGAGCGGGCCCCGGAUGGGAGGAGGAGGAGGGGCCGGCCACCACCAGGAGCCCCUGCGGCCCCCCAAGACCGCGCCCCCGCCAGCCCGCACCCCCGCCGCCUCAGAACAGGCAAGAGUUACAUCUUUAUCAGAAAAUAAUUGUUCAAGCUCUGCAAUGACUAAACCUAAGGUGAUUAUGGCACCAACGUCAAUAUCAAAGCUGUCAGUGAAUGCACCUGAAUUUUAUCCUUCCGGAUAUACUCCUGAUUUUACUGAUUCUUCUUCGGAAGACGGGAGUGGUGGAUAUCCAACGCUCACAGAAUAUGUGCAGGACUUUCUAAACCACCUUGCAGAACAGCCAGCUUGUUUUGAAACUGAAAUAGCACAUUUUUCAGAAACUCUAAAUGGUUCUGUUACUACAGAUGAAGCAUUGCAAGAACUAGUUGAACUCGUAUACCAACAGGCUACAUCUGUUCCAAAUUUUUCAUAUAUGGGUGCAAGGCUGUGCAAUUACCUCUCUCAUCAUCUCACCAUUAAUCCACAAUGUGGUAACUUCAGACAGUUAUUACUUCUCAGGUGCCACAAAGAGUUUGAAAAUAGAAAUGAAGCUGCAAAGGGAGAUGAAGCUGCACGAAAAAGAUUCCAUGCAUUUGUGCUAUUUUUAGCUGAACUUUAUUUAAAUCUAGAGAUUAAAGGAACUAAAGGCCAGCUAACCCGAGCAGAGAUUCUUCAGACUGGACUUCAAGAAUUAUUACAUACUCUAUUUUCUAAUCCUGUGGACAACAAUUUAACAUGUGCAGUAAAGCUACUAAAAUUGACAGGUUCUGUGCUCGAAGAUGCAUGGAAAGAAAAAGGGACAAGUCAUAUGAAUGAAAUCAUACAGAAAAUUGAAAAUGUUGUUUUGGAUGCAAAUUGCAGCAGAGAUGUAAAGCAUAUGCUUCUGAAACUAGUAGAACUACGGUCAAGUAACUGGGGAAGGGUACAUAUAACUUCAACAUACAGGGAAGCAACUCCAGAAAAUGAUCCCAACUAUUUUAUGAAUGAACCAACAUUUUACACAUCGGAAGGUGUGCCAUUCACCGCAGCAGAUCCAGAUUAUCAGGAGAAAUAUCAAGAACUCCUUGAUAGGCAGGAUUUGUUUCACGAAUGUGAAGAAAAUGGAACAGAUUUGUCAGGAACUGGAGACUUAUACUUUGACGAUGAUGAUGAUGAUGAUGAGAUGGACCCAGAAAUUGAAGAAGCAUAUGAAAAGUUUUGCUUAGAAUCAGAACGCAAGCGGAAACAAUGAAACACUGCACAUAAUUAUUAAUGUUUGUGUUUUUUAAGGAAACCAGCAUAGGUUUGAAUAGCAAGUAGAAGGGAAGCAAAAUCCUGGCUCAAGUAAAGCAAAUUAAGUUUUUCCAAGUUAUGCAAUUAUCAUUUUGUCAAAAUUCUGCCAAAAAAUGUAAACAAAUCCUGUAACUUAAAAACAAUGUGUAUAUAUCAUAGUUUAUUUUCUGUACAGGUAAAUAAACCAUGCUUAGGCUGGAACAAGUUCCUUUUUUUUGCUGAAAGUAAAACCCUUCAAACCAUAAAGUAAAUUUUGACUUCUUUGUGGAAUCAAAUUGAACUACUCUCUUCCAUAUGGUACAUAUUUUAAAUUUAUGGGACUGUCAGAUAAGUGUUUAAUUUUUUUACAAUCAUGAACAUUGGAAGCACCCAAGGAAAAACUGCAAAUAAGUAUUUUCAAAACAGCUAGAUAUUGAGUAGACAUUAUAUCAUUCAUUAACAUUAUCUUCAUUAACUUGAUUUAGUUUGGAUCUCAUGCUAAUGAUUCUCCCACUAGGAUGAAGAGUGCACAAAAAUUAUAGCUUUCCAUAAUGAACUAAUAGGCCGAAUCAUAAUCAGGAUUGCUUUCAAACAGUGUUUAACCAACCCACUUCAUAAGGAAACUGAGAGCUCCCCAUUUUCAUGUUUUAAAGCAGCCUUUCUUUCCAAGGCUUAAGUUCAAAAAUGCUGCCACACAACUAGCUUCAUCAUGAAUCAUUGGCCUUUUUGGCUGGAGAAGAUGGGAGUUGUAGUCCAAAAUCUAGAGACAUUGGUUUUAGGAAAACUGGUUUUAGAGGAUUCAGAACCUUCUGCCUCAAAGGAGCCAUUCUCUAUUAAUUUCCACUCUUGAAAAUACUUUAAUUGUUUUUAGUUAAAAGUGGCACAAGCAUCUACUUCCAAAAUGCAAAUACUGCAUUGUAAUGCAACAUAGCAUUUCUGCUGCUCUUAGUUUUUGUUAAUUUAGAUAUAUUAUACAAUCACAAUCAGAAAUAAAGCAGUUUCAUGCUACAGAAAAUAACCCAUUCUGAAUGAGUCUGUUGGUCACUGUAUUUUCGCUUGUAAUCAUCUGUUUUUGUCCCUGUAAAAAUUAUCCCAGGAGACUUCUAAAUUGUUUGUUCCUCAUUAUAUUGAAUAGAUGAAGUAGAGUCUAUUUCCUAACACCAACUGUGUGUGUAGACCUUUCCAAGAAGUAGGUUAAAUAGCAUAUAUAAAGACAGAGAUUGUAAAUAUGCAUGUAAAUAGUGCUCUUUAAUAUUGCACUGUUAUAACUCGGUACGGUUUGUGUCUGUUAAUGCAGCUAGCAUCUACUACAUCUGGUUCUUCCAUUUCUUUAGUUAACAGCAUAUUUUGGAGAGAAAAAAUAAACAACUUUGUUUUGUUGGGUA